GAGAUGAGCGCUGCAACCCCAUAGUCACCUUUGACUGGACUUAACCGUCCAGGGGUCCUUUACUUUUUACUGGCCCUGGCAACUUUGAAAUUAGUAACUGUGAAGGCAUGUUAUUGCUUUUAUAUGUUUCUAGAUGUUCCAAAUGUUUUGAAAACGCUGUUUUAAAUACUUUUUUAUUUCAUUUAAAACACUGUUGUUUUAACAUUCUGAUGUUUUUCUCCUUGGGCUCUUCCGGGAGGAAGGGCAGAAGGUGCAAAUGAAACAAAAUGUAAUAAAUUGGAACAAAUGUGCCAUGAAGUCCAGCCAUUAUGUAAACUUUGUGCAAGCAAAGCUGGAUGCCUGCUGAAAAAAUGGGUCUUCUGGAGGUCUUCCCCCAAAAUCCCUUAUCUGGACGUCACCCUCCAUUGCUGUCCUUCCAAAUGCCAAGCCAAAUAGCCCCCGAGACAUGAUUUCACUGGUAUGAAUAAGGCUCUGCUGGCACUUCAGGCGAAAGGAUGCACUGUUGUCAUUUGACGACUGAGUAAGAGCAUCUCUGGAAGGGAAACCGGGUGGGGAGAGGCAGCACUCAUCUUUUGGGAGUUGCACGUUGUGCCUUCAAUUCACCCCAAAGGCAUUUGCACCUGGAGGGGAGGGGCCAGGCCAUGGAGAUCAAAAACCCUCGGCUCCCCAGGAUUUCUACUCAAAGCUCACCUUGCCUGAGACCUGCCCAGCUCUCGAAAAUAUUUGCUGCUCCGGAAUACAUUGCAGAAUCAUGGCUGGGACAUGGGGCCUGCGGAUCUUCCUUUUGUGUCUAACGCCAGGUAAGAGCCUUUGGGUAGCGCCAGAGGAUAAUGAUGGAGGCUUCUUCUUCUUCUUCUUUUUAAAGAGUGCUAUGUGUGGUUUGAUAACAUGGAUGCUAGCAUUCAAGCACACACAGCUUGCUUCCAGGCAACCCGUUUAUUUGCGAGAUCAAACGACAUUUGAGCAUUUGCUGAGCAUUCCUUCUGAUUUGUUUGCAGAGAGGUUAGACUUGCCUCCAAGCAAUGGUUAUCCAGCACUUUCCAGUGCAUCUCUCCCUUGCUUUCCAUAUUGUAAAAAGUCUGCUUUUUUGCAGGGGAAGCUGGUUUUUCGUUGCCCAAGGGCACCAAAGCAACUUUCAUUGAACAGCCUGAAUUUGCUGCUAUGGGAUUGAAUCUCUCCUGCAAGAAAGUGACAGUCCUUAUAGUUUUAUUUUCUGAAGCUGGAUGGAGUAAUGGUGUAAACUGUCCCGGUUCUGUCACAAAGCAUAGCUUUAAAACACACACACCAAGUUUCUAGUCCUUAUUGUUGCAAACGUGUGUGUGUGUGAGAGUGACAGGAGCGCAUAGUGAAAUAGAAGAAGCAAUGAGUGCAGUGGGAUUAGUACUGAGCUAAAAUGUAAAUAGGGAGAGGAUCAUUUUGUGAAAACCUCUUCCUUCCAUACAGCCCCCCACCCCCAUUCCCAGUUUCAGUUAUCUUCCGGGGGGGACAGAAGUGGAAAUGCUGUAAAACUGUAGUGAGACUGCGGGAGGCAGGUGGAGGGCCAAGAGUUUUGAAGCUUGUUCAUGGGGAUGGGAACCCCAGAAUUUUGGAUUGUAGCAUGUCAGGGAGAAAGUUAGACCGGGAUCCUUCUCCCUUAUAUCUACAGGUUUUCAUUGUGCAAAGAAUUCUUUUAAAACAAGCAAACGAAAAAUAUAGAACAUGAGACUCUUGAUCUCAAGCCCCAUGUUGCGUAAAAGACUAGAUUACUCUUGUGGUCCCUUUCCAACUCUAUGAUUCUAUGAUUCUAAUAUAUAACGCAGAGCUUCAGCUGUCACCUUCCUUCAAAAUCUCACUUGUAUGUGCUUUGAAUUUGUCUGGAUUAUAUACAAUCCUUAAAUCCUCUAUCAGUGGUUGGUGGUUUUUACGGUAUGUUGUUGAUGAUGAUGAUGUUGUUGUUAGCACCAUCAGUGACCCUGAACCUUACUAUUAGCAGGUGAUGCCUUGUUGGUGGUGCCCAGUUCCAUUCACCCAUGACAGGGCCUUUUCAGUGGCAGCUCCCUAUUUAUGGAAUGUCCUUCCCAGUCAGGAGUGUCUAUGUCUCCCUCAUUUUUGGUAGACUUUAAGAGGAUUCCUGUUCACUUAGGCAUUUGAUGAUUGAAAGACACUGUUCCUGAGAUCACUGACAGAAAUAAUUCUUUUAACUGCUUUUAGAAUUCUUUUUUUUAAAAAAAGGUUUAUUAUUUAUGUAUUUGUCACUUUUGGAUCCUUCAUGAGAAAGGGCAAGAUAGAAACCAAAUAAAAACUUAUUUAGUAGCAGUAAUUAUGACUUUUCCAUGGAAUGUGUGGACCACCAAUGGGUCAUCUGUUGGCCCCGAAGUCAGAACUUCUCCAUUGGGCUACAGGGAUUAAAGAGCUGAGGCACAGGCUUUGCCUGAAUCGUUCUCCACACUUGGGUGCCGUAUAGAAAGGCUUCCUUUAUGGGAUGAGCUUAGCUACCAAUUGCAGCCAGUUCCGGACACUCAGGCUGCUGUAUAUACCUCUUUUCUUUUGCCCACCAGCUCUUUUACCUGCCGUGAAGAUCAAUGCCAAGGGCCGGGAGGUGGUCUACCUGGCAGAAGGCGAGUCGGCCAAGCUCGGCUGCCCCUAUGAGUUGGAACCACAAGAUCAUGGCUCAAACGACCUGGACAUCGAAUGGACACAGAUGAACUCUGACCCCACAAACCUGGACAAUGUGCGGUGUUGUUCUCUGGUUCCUGCCCACCAGAUCCUGAGCUACAACAACCACCAGGUAAUCCACCCCGGCUACCAUUUCCUGCAGUCGAGAGGGGGUUCCGGAGCCCACGACUCACGACAAUUUGGCAACUCUGGCCUGCAGCAGAACAUGGUGAUGGGGGUCUCUGGCCACGACUGCUGCUCUGGCCUGCAGCAGCGGGUGACCUUUGCAAUCCAAGACCCCAGCCAGUACGAUGCCUCCAUCAACCUGCAGAAUGUUCAGAUUUCCGACUCGGCAACUUACGAAUGCAAGGUGAAGAAAACCACAGUGGCCACCCGCAAGGUGACCGUCAUGGUGCUAGCGAGACCAUCCAACCCACAAUGCUCAGUUGUAGGCAAGGUAGCCUUGGGCCAGAAAGUCACCCUGAGCUGCUCCUCAAACUCUGGCACUUCCCCACUCAUGUACCAGUGGGCCAAAGUCACAGAUCACCCUUUUGCGAACUGGCUCUCCGCUACCACCACUAAAGGCCCAAAUCCCGGUGACCUGAUCAUUCAGAACCUAUCCAAUGACCACGCUGGUGUUUACCAGUGCAGUGUGGCCAACAAAGUCGGAUCGGCCAGGUGUGUUGUGGAGAUCUCCUUCUCAAAGGAGUCCAACCGAGUGAGCAUCGUCGUGGGAGUAGUCCUUGGCUCUCUGCUCUUCCUAACCCUCCUGGUGUGUCUCAUCGUGGGGCUGAUCUGCUGCUGCAGGAAGAGGCGCUACAAGGAAGAGGCCAACCAGAUCAGGGUGGACACGGCACCCCCACGGGCCAAAGGUGGAAGCCGAAACAGCAGCAUACGAUCCGUCCUGGACUUCGUGCCUCACAAUAUCAGCUUCAUGCAGCGCCGCAAGUACGGCACUCCCAAGGAGCAGGAAGGCAGCGAGAUGAUCUCCCCGGCCCAAGAGGCGCAGCCCAUGGAUUGCAGCGGCGUGAAAAGUGAGCCCCACCGUGGCGGCUGUUCGACCACCGUUACAACCAAGGCCAGGGUUCACUACGCUCCUUCUGUGCCUUCCUCGCCCCAGGCGACGUCUUCGCCAUCAGCUGCUGGCCCAGAGAAUGGAGGAAGCUGCUCCAUCACGUCCGAGAAGGGCAGGAGAGGCCAUCCUGGGCAAUAUGGAGGCGUUGCUGUGAUGGUGCCAGCCAAAAGCAGAGAUGGCCUCUUAGUAUAGACUGCCGCACCUGGUGGUUCAACAGAACAUUCCUGAACUGUGUGCUGGACGCAUUUGUGUGCCGUGAAUGGAUUUCAAGCUCAGCCGCCAGAGGCAAAUGACACAAUGAUUUUAUUUAUUUCACAAAAUCCCUGUACCGCUAGAUUGUAAUAAAACCUCGAAGUGGUCAGGUCUUUUCGUGCUGGGAUGGGGAGCUUUAGGCCUGGGGGCCUUGAGGCCUCUCUAGCCCUCCAAAUCCUCCCCAUUCUGACUCUGCUUAGCACUCUGAGUGUCUUUGCCUAUUUGGAAUGUCUCCUUGAACUCUUUCCAAGAUGGAGGGUGGGUUGUUUGUGGUUGUGUGUAGAAACUAGCCUACUGUACCAAGGUGAAAUUCUCACUAGUUGCUCGGUCCACGUUUGCCUCUGGCCUCAGCCCCCACUGGCGUACGGCCCUAGAAAGGUUGUCUACAAAAGGAAAGCAGACCUCGGGCUCAGAAGGGUUCCUCCCUCCUGCCCUUUUGGGAAGGAAGUUAUAACUUCUGCCCUACUUCUGCCAUUCCCCAUUGCUGUCCUCAAAGACCUGGGCCAGAAAAGCCCUCCAAGUGGUUCGAUGCUCACAGAAGUUCAUCAAGUUAAAACCCUCUCUGAAUUUUUGAAAAAUCACGAAAGACCUUUUCAUUCUACCAUACAUUUGCGACAGGCUGGUUGCAACCUUUGACCUUGUUUCUGCUCCAGAUUAUUUGGACUGAUUGUACAUUGUAUGCUUUUAUGUAUUUAAAUGUGACUGAAUGUAAUUAUUGCUGCAGCCCACGUCUGGAAGAAACGAGGGCUU